UCGGCUGGAUAAGGAAACAAUCAGUAAUCUAGCAUAGUUAGAAACUUAGAAAGAGAGUUGAGACUAGAGAGAGAGAGAGAGAGAGAAAUGGUUGGAGCAAUUUCCACUUCUUCUCUGCCGUCAUCAUCGAUCAUCUCCAACCACGAAAUCUCCAGUUCUAGAGGAAGACAACCAAAUCAAUUGUUCAAUCAGAAGCAUAUUCAUUCAAGAAAUCUCUCUCUCUUUUUAUCAACAGUACCUGCUGCUGUGGCGCUCAAGCGCACCAGAUUCAGGUCUCAUUUCACUGUCAAAGUUUUUUCAGUUGAAAGUGCAGAAUAUGCUGCGGAACCUGCAACCAAUGUGAAAUUUCAGACGUCACUAAGCCUGCCUGGUUGCUCUAGUGAGUUGGCUUUGCUUGGGACAGGAUAUCGAGAAAAGGUUUUUGCAAUUGUUGGAGUCAAAGUUUAUGCUGCAGGGCUAUAUGCAAAUCCGUUGAUUAUAGGAACAUUAAAUGCUUGGAAAGGACGAUCGGCUGCUGAGAUUCAACAGGAUUCAUCAUUGUUUCACUCAAUGUUUCAAGCUUCAUUGGAGAAAUCAUUACAAAUAGUACUGGUGAGAGAUGUUGAUGGUAAGACCUUUUGGGGUGCAUUAGAUGAAGCUAUCACACCAAGAAUCAAAGAACCCACUCUGGUUGAUGAAUCAGCACUUUCCAAAUUCCGAGACAUCUUUCAAGGGCGUCCUCUUAAGAAAGGAACUUUUAUUUUCUUGACUUGGCUGGGUCCAUCUAAAAUGCAAGUUUGUGUCUCAUCUGAUGGAAUGCCUUCUAAUGUGGAUGCUACAAUUGAAUCAACAAAUGUCACAUUGGCCCUUUUUGAUGUUUUCCUUGGAAAUACUCCAGUAUCUCCUUCCCUGAAAGCCUCAGUCUCCAAUGGGUUAGCAAAGGUUCUGAAAUAGAUGUCACUGCAAGUUGGUUUACUUUUGUUGUCCAAAGGACUAGUUAGUUCAUCUGUUUCUUUGGCCUUGAGUUUACUCAGUUUUUUCCCUUCCACAUUUAUACCAUAGAAUUUGUUCAGAGAAGAAGAGUGUAAGACAUCUCUCAACUAUUACUAAGCAUAUAUGGUGCAUUAAAAAUAAAGGGAUAAUAUGCCAAUAUUUGCAAUAGCAGGUGACUAUUGGAUGGCAAUGCAGAAACAGGUAGACCUUUUUUGUUCGAAUUUUUGUUUUGUAUUAUUUUUCCUUGGUGGAUCUUCAGUUAUGAGGUUUCAAUCAAUAACUUUGUUGUUCUGUGA